AUGAGCGGGUUAGGAAAAUGUUUCGGUCAUCCCAUCAUCAACAUGACUGAGAGUGUCAAGACAUGGAUUGGGAAAGGUGCUGUUAGUAAGCCAGGUGUUGGUCACAUGGGUGCCCAGAUAGCCAAUAUGUUCAAAUUGACCUUCUGUAGGCAAUAUUACAAAGAGAAGAGAGUAUGGCCUGCCUUGAGAGUGCUACCUGGAUUGUCAGAGAGAAUUCAGAACUGCAUAAGCUCCAACAUAUGGAAGGAGGAUGCCCGGAAUCCUUGGAAGGCAGAAGAAUUUGAGUUUCUAGUAUUGAACCAAACGUUCAUGUAG